AUGGGAGCAACCCCUUUUCACCACUCCAUUCUCGAGGUUCGGCUGCCGAAGCAUUUCGAUAAGCCAACGAACAUGAGAUACAACGGAACCCAGGACCCCCAGGAACACCUAACGGCCUUUGAAUCCAGGAUAAACCUGGAGGGUCUGGGCGACGAGGUGAGAUGCCGCGCUUUUCUCGUGAACCUGGCAGGACCGGCAAUCCGAUGGUUCAAUGCUCUCCCUCAAGGGUCUGUGACGACUUUCGCGGACAUAACCCGUGCCUUCCUAGCACAGUUCACCACGUGCAUUGCCAAAGCCAAGCACCCAAUCAACCUUCUAAGGGUGACCCAAAAAAGUGGAGAACCGACCAAGAAGUAUCUUGAGAGGUUCAACGACGAAUGCUUAGAGAUUGACGGCCUGACCGACUCAGUAGCCAGCUUGUGUCUUAUAAACGGGCUGUUGAGUGAGGACUUCAAGAAAUACCUCAUUACCAAACAUGUGUGGACCAUGUUGGAAAUUUAG